UCUCUCCUGUCCACGCGGUGCGCACCCACGACAACUUUCAACUCGACUGUGACGCAACUGGGAUUUUUUUUAAGGAAGAAAACAGCGGGAUUAUAUUCACAGGUUGUUCAACUCGCUCCAACACUAUCCUCCACAUGUAUAACAGGACAACCCCGCGACUGGAGAACGCACAGCAGCCCUAGAUCCUCCGCGUAAAGUGUUCAUUCAUCAGCGCACGAGACAUGGAUCUUUGCGGAGUUUACCUUUGCCUCUUCACGAGUUGGGCUCUGUUGGAGGUGAUCGUGGCUGGGAGAGACUGCUUGGUGGCGGGUGACUCGUGCUCCAGUGAUGAGACCUGCAGUCCUCGCUUGCGGACCCUUCGACAGUGUGUUGCGGGAAACGGUAACAUGAAGCUGGGCCCCGGGGCCAGGAGCCAGUGUGCCAACGCAGUGUCCGCCCUGCUCUCCAGCCCCCUGCACGGCUGCCAGUGCAAACGAGGCAUGAAGAAGGAGAAGAACUGCCUGAGCAUCUACUGGAGCCUGCACCAGUCCAUCAUACAUGGGCUGAACUUGGUGGAGAGUUACCCCUAUGAGACAGUGCACAAGGAUUACGACUAUGUCCGGCUGGCUUCCAUCACAGCUGACUCCGAGGUCGGCCUGACAACAGUAAACCGUUGCUUGGACGCAGCAAAGGCGUGCAAUGUGGAUGACAUGUGCCAAAAGCUGCGCACCGAAUACGUCUCCGUUUGCAUCAAGCCCACGGCCAAAUCGGGACUAUGCAACCGACCCAAGUGCAACAAGGCCCUCCGCAAGUUCUUCGACCGCGUCCCGGCUGACUACACCCACGAGCUGCUCUUCUGUCCCUGCACCGACACAGCCUGUGCGGAGCGACGCAGGCAAACCAUCGUGCCCAGCUGCUCCUACGAAAGUCCAGACAAACCCAACUGUCUCACUCAGAUGCGGAUUUGUAAUGCUGACUAUGUUUGCAGGUCUCGCCUGUCACAGUUUCAGUACGAUUGCGCUCAAUCAGAGACAUCGGCCACGGGCUGCAAGCAAGACAACUACGGAGCCUGCCUACUCGCCUACACAGGGCUCAUUGGAAGUACAAUAACUCCCAACUACGUGGACAACUCCACAUCUAGUGUGGCCCCAUGGUGCACCUGUGCCAACAGCGGCAGUCAGCGCGACGAGUGCGACGACUUCCUGGGAUACUUCGCUGACAACAUCUGCCUCCGGAAUGCGCUCAUGACGUUUGGCAGGGGAUCAGAAGUCCAGCCCGCACCGAGUGACUCCACAACAAUUAGCCUUGGACACAGAAACAGAGAAACCAAGAACACCAUCGCCCCGGAAACAAUGGAGACCGCCGGGAACAUGCUGGAUCCUCUCAUUCCCACACAGGCCAUGGACAAUGAGUUACUAGUGGACCCUGUGACUCUGCCCUCCAGCAGCCUGCCUAGCCGAGCAUCAUCCCUACAUCUCAUCAUUCAGACAAUUACAAUCCUUACACUUUUACUUCAUCUGCUUAGCAACGGAAACUAAACAAUGGACGAACAUGUUGUGAAGCCUCAAAAACACAAGCCAACACAGCAGAACCCCUUUUAAAUAUGUACAGGGACUCUCUUUUCUAGUUUUGUGUCAAAGUUCUCCGCUUCCUACUGCCACUAUUACUCCGCAAAGUGUGAGAAAUUGGGCUUAAUGUCAACAUGUGUACAGUUUUGUGCUGCUUUUUUGGACCAUCCUUCUAUCCGUUACCUAACUGAAAUCUUCUUUUGAACAUAAACUCAAGUUUGUGAAAAGAUUUGUAUGAUCAACGACCGCCGACAACAGAGCGCUCACGUUGGAAAGCAGCUAAAAUGCGCAAGUGACUAUGGAAGGAGCUUUGCAAUCAAUAGUGGUGAAGAAAAAACUGCUUUUUGGUCAGAUAUCCCGGACAAAAGUAAGACUAAAAUACUGAGAUAGUCCAGCAAAACUUUAGAGAGAAAACAGAGUUCAGCACUGACCUGAAUAGACUCUUCGAGAACUGCUGGCCUUUGUUACUCUCAUACAGCUAUCUCUUCAUAAGGACUUGUUGUCUCGAACUGAAGAUGUAAUCAGAGGAGAGGUUGUCUGACUUCAAAAAUAGCCCUGAAAAGGCACUAGCUGUUUACCUGUAGAGUUGUGCUAUGUGUACGUGAGCAUAUACUCUUUGAUUUCUCAUUGUGUCUGUGAAUAUCGCUACAUUGGGGUGGGCUACAUGUACUUGUGCCACUAAAGGAGGUGAGUGGUUCCAAUGAUGACAUUAGACCAACAAGAAUGAGGCAGUAUUUUCAGUCUGAGG